AUGCGUCUUCUUGGGUGCAUUCUGGCUGUGGUUUAUUCCUCCGCUUGGUUCUCUCCUCUUAUUUGGUUCUCCUCCUUAGCGCACGCCCAACUCGGUACUCAGUACGUCGAUCCUGAUAAUGGGAUAACGUUCUACGGCUUGACGGACCCGGUACAUGAGUUCAUUGGCGAGAUUGUCGCGCCCAUCGCUACGGAGUGGUCGGGGGUGAGUCCUGUGGGCGCGAUGAUCCGGAAUAUAUUGCUCGUAGCUUGGGCGAACGGGGAUGAGGUGGUGAGUAGUGCGAGGUGGGCUACGGAUUAUAUACAGCCGCUUGUGAGGCUAUGGUUCGGACCGAUCCUGACGGAUUUACCGAGUACAAAGGUGAAUUCGACGCAUUGGAAGUGGGUGUAUCGGUGUGAGAAUUGUACUAAGUCAGUUGGGUUUUCCUGGGAUGGUGGAGGAUUGGAUUCGUCGUCGUUUGGAGCUCCUGCAUGGGUGUUUAGCGACGUUCCCGUGGAUGACCCCUCGGAUUCGCAGAGUACUUUCGAGGAGCACACCGACUUUGGGUUUUACGGUCUGGAUUUCUCGGCUGCCCAUGCGUCGGCAUCUGAUUAUGCGAAUUGGGCUGCUGGGGGUACUGGGACUGGAACGCCUACGUCGUCGUCGACGACAACGACUACGACAACGACUACUUCUGCGACGGCUACUGUUACUGCGACGCCAUACGAUUAUAUUAUCGUUGGUGCCGGACCUGGGGGUAUCAUCGCUGCUGAUCGGUUGUCCGAGGCAGGUAAGAAUGUGCUGUUGCUAGACAGGGGAGGUCCAAGUACGUGGGAGACGGGAGGGCGGUAUUCACCUGAUUGGGCUGAUGGACAACAGCUGACGAAAUUUGACGUACCUGGGUUGUUUGAGACGUUGUUUACGGAUAGUAACCCGUUUUGGUGGUGUAAAGAUGUGAAUACGUUUGCUGGUUGUCUCGUUGGAGGCGGGACGUCUGUCAACGGGGGACUGUACUGGUACCCUGCCGACUCUGAUUUUUCCACGACACAAGGCUGGCCGUCAUCGUGGGGAAACCACACGCCGUACACGGCGAAACUGAAGCAGCGACUCCCUAGCACGGAUCACCCGUCGAUGGACGGGCAGCGCUACCUGGAGCAGACGAUGAAUGUGACGGCGUCGUUGCUAGGGUAUCAGGGAUAUAGACAGGUAACGAUUAAUGAUGAUCCUAAUAGCAAGGACCACAUAUAUGGGUAUAGCGCGUUUUCCUUCAUCGACGGCCAACGUGGAGGCCCCGUCGCGACGUACCUCCGCACUGCCAAGGCACGGUCGAAUUUUACGUUCAAGCAAUGGGUGUACGUGCUCAAUGUGGUGAGGAACGGCGGGCAGAUUACGGGUGUUGCGACGAACGAUACGUCGUUGGGUCCUGAUGGGGUGGUGCCGCUGACGGCGAACGGGAGGGUUAUCCUCGCUGCGGGGUCGUUUGGGAGUUCGAGGGUGCUGUUUAGGAGCGGGAUCGGGCCGGGGGAUAUGAUUGGGGUUGUACAGAAUGCGGGGCAGGACUGGAUUGAGUUGCCGGUGGGAUAUAAUGUAUCGGAUAAUCCGUCGAUUAAUUUGGUAUUUACGCAUCCGUCGGUGGAUGCGUAUGAUAAUUGGGCGACUGUUUGGAGUGACCCGCGUGUGGCCGAUGCAGAUCAGUAUUUGGCUAGUCGGGCUGGGGUAUUGGCCCAGGCUUCGCCAAGAGUAAACUUUUGGCGAGCCCUUUCAGGGAGCGAUGGAAAGACUCGUUGGGGAACUGUCAGGCCUGGAGCUGCUUCGGUAGAUACCGUGUAUCCAUACAAUGCAAGUCAGAUCUUUACGAUUACGGCGUACUUAUCGACGGGCCUGACGUCCCGAGGACGAAUUGGGAUCGAUGCCGCGCUUACGGCCCGGGCUUUGGUGAACCCAUGGUUUGUGGAUGAGAUUGACAGGGAGGCGCUUCUUCAGGGUCUGAACGAGAUCGUGUCGAGUAUGCCGCUAGUUAGUGGGAUGAAGAUGAUCACGCCGGAUAAUACGACGACUAUGGAAAAUUACGGUGCGUUGUAUUUGGGAUCGCUCGGGUCGAACCAUUGGGUUGGAGCGAAUUCUAUAGGAGCUGUAGUGGAUGAGAAUACGAAAGUGUUUGGAACUAAUAACCUUUUUAUUGUUGAUGUUCCGGCAUUACCGAUGGGGAAUCCACAAGGAAUGGUAAUGUCAAUGGCUGAGCAAGCAGUGUCGAGGAUACUAGGGCUCGCAGGGGGGCCGUAA